AAAUAUAAUUUGGAAAGUGAAUGACGCGAGUUGAAUUCAACUGUGAGGAGGCAGAAGAAUGAAGUAAAAGAAGCAAAGAAGAAAAAGAAGAAGGAGACGGGCAAACUUCUGAUGAAGGAAGUUGUUUGCAGUCGAAUGAAUCGAACCUUGGGAAGAGUGGUCCAGACGGUGUUGGAAAUGGCUCAAAGGAGCCCGCGGCACGUCGACAAGACGUCCCUCUUUGUGGGAUACCGUUCGACCACCGAGCAAGUAACGAGAUCUCGGUGGCGGAAAAAUGGACGGAAAUUGGUGUCAGAAGGAAGCAUUGAAUGGAUUCGUGCGUCCAACGUGUGCAUCAGGUAUCCACGAGCCCGUUUAUCGUCCUUUAAAAGAGACUCCAGCGUCGUGUGGGCAGUAGCAAAGAUGAAGCCACUUAGGGGAGGGGUUUCUUAACUCAAGGUGAUCCGGUAUAAUAAAAGCGAGAGGCCCCCUUUACAGAAAAAAAACACCUGACGAAUCCUUGCGCGUAGAGAAGAAACAGGAUGAAAGAGGUCAGCUGUGACCUAACUUCCACUGGCUAGAUUAACAUCAACGAUCUUAGAAUUAUGUGUCGCUGGAUACUAGAAUUGACCAUUCUACGUGUGAAAAAUGAUUGAAAAGAUGGAAAAU